CCGGAGCCCGGACCCGGCGUACCUCUGUCAGCAGCAGCGGUGUGUAUAUGUGUGUGUGUGUAUGUGUGUGCGCAACAAAAGACUUUGAGUUCGCCACAUUUGUUCGACGGCUGUUAUAUUUCUGUGGACUUUAUCACAGGUUUUAUGUCGGUGUUGCUAACGUUAGUGAUGACACCGCCGCUGUUACCGUCCGUUGGAGGAAGAGGAAGAGGAAGGAGGUGAUGAUGAUGAUGAUGACAUGCAGUUAGCUGGCUGCCUGUGGCUGCCUGACAGUCGGACAGUCGGACGGAUUUUCAGCCCGCUGUGCGUGGCGGUGUCCCCCCCCACACACGACCGGAGCAGGACCGACGAGAGGCGAAGAUGCCGCGGAGGAAACAAUCCAACCCUCAGCCGGUGAAACUGGAGUCGGAGGCCGGGGCGGAGGUGUGCGAGUCGGGCUGCCUGGUUCUGGAGAGCGACUUCCUGCUGAGUGGAGAGCUGGAGUUUGGAGACUCUGAGAUCAUGGGGCUGGAUAGAGAGUCAGGGAUGACCGUCUUCUCUCUGAGCGUCGAGGACGACCCUUCAGCACCGACAGGCUCCGCCUUCCCGGCGUUCCUCUCCUGUAAAGGAUGCGGUCAGCUCCUCGGAGACAUGCCUCUGGCGGCAGGUUUAGAUCUCGGUGUGGGCCUGGACCUUGGCGCAGAGCUUUAUUGUCUGACCUGUGAGGAAGGCUUUCAGCAUGAAGCGUCAGUCGACUCCUCUCAGGUGGAGGAAUCAAACCUGGCCGACGGAUCCAUCAGCGACGGCUCCGACAGAAAGAGGAGAAGCGCGAGCAAGGCGGGCGAAGCCGGCGACCUCCCUCCCAAACUGUUCUCCUGCUCGCUGUGCGCCUUCACCUCUCGCUACUCCAACCACCUCAAGCGCCACAUGAGGACCCACGAUGGCCAGAAGCCGUACCGCUGCCCCGUCUGCCCCUACGCCUCGGCGCAGCUCGUCAACCUGCAGCGCCACGCCCGCACCCACACCGGGGAGAAGCCGUACGGCUGCCACCAGUGCAGCUACGCCUGCAGCUCCCUCGGCAACCUGAGGAGACACCAACGCAUGCACACGCAGGAGAGGCCGCAGAGGAGGCCGAAGGAGAAAAGACGAGGGAGGCGGAAAAAAGCCGAAACUGAAGAAGUCGUGUCAGACCUGACCCUCCGGGUGUCCCAGGACUCGGGUUACCUCCAGACGUUAGGGGGCCUCGGCUCUCCCUCCGCCCCGCUCCCCGUCCUCCUCUUCCCCCUGUGCUGCCGGGCGUGCGGCCUCACCCUGGAGGAGGCCGACCUGGACGGGGAGAAAGCGGAGGGAGACGGGGAGAGCGACGGAGGACAGGUGUGUCGUCGCUGCUCGUUGGACCUGCUGUCCAAAGAUGGAUCCGGGCCUCCCUGCAGUCCGACCGCGUCUCGCGGUUCCCGGCGGGGUCAACGUGGCACCAAGCUGUACCACUGCCCUCACUGCCCCUUCCUGUCCCACUACCCCAACCACCUGGCCCGCCACGCCCACACCCACUCUGAAGAGAAACCCCACCACUGCCCGCACUGCACCUACACCUCCACGCACCUCGACAACCUCAAGCGGCACAUGCGCGUGCACACGGGCGAGAAGCCCUACCAGUGCCCGUCCUGCAGCUACGCCUGCGGGAACCUCGCCAACCUGCGGAGACACGAGCGCAUCCACUCGGGCGCCAAGCCCUUCCACUGCGGCGUCUGCGGCUACUCCUGCAACCAGAGCAUGAACCUGAAGAGGCACAUGCUGCGGCACACGGGCGAGAAGCCGUACGCCUGCGCCGAGUGCGACUACACCACGGGGCACUGGGACAACUACAAGCGCCACCAGAGGAAACACGGACACAACGCGGACAGCUGGGACAAACACGCACCUAUCAACGGCCUCAGCUGGGGCAGAGACACUCAGGAGAGCCAGAGUCAGGGACAGGAACACAGUUAACACACUGUGUGUGUGUGUGUGUGUGUGUGUGUGUGUGUGUGUGUGUUGUAUACACUGGUGAACCUCCAGCUCAGGUUGGAGUUAAACUCAGGUGCCUUUGACAGACUGAACGACUGUAAUGCUGCACUGACUUUAUCAAGGGGCAUUAAUCUUUGUGUGUGUGUGUGUGUGUGUGUGUGUGUGUGUGUGUGUGUGUGUGUGUGUGUGUGUGUGUGUGUGUGUGUGUGCGCUGCAUAAACACACAUCACACACUUUUUUUUUUUUUUUUAGCAAAUGCAGUUUCACAAAAAUCCAACGUGCAGUUCUCAAAUCAGAAUGUGACUUUUCUAAGCCGUACGUGUGUCACGAAGCCGGUCCGACGAAUCGAGAUGUUUAUUUUUUUUCUCUACAGAUAAUCUAUAUUUUUUAAACGUGAGAGGAUUUUUCUUUUCGUGAUAUCAGGGUGGAUCAUCUUCUCUCAAGCUUUAAGUCUGGCUGAGCGUUUUAAUCCUUGACCUCACCUGAGAAUCUUCAGCCUCAUCUCUGAUUAGUUUGUUAAACGGCCGCUGAAGAACUCCUGUGUCAGCUGGAAAUGACGAUAACUUGACGAAUAUGUCGCCCACACUGAAGAAUCAAGUGAAAAAAUAGCAAGCAGUGUCAGGUUUUACAGUUUUGAAUGCAGGAAAGUUUAAGAUAUCGAGAAUAAAUCGUGAUGUUUCUAAAGCAAAAGACUGAAUGUGACGAGAGAGAAAAGCAGUUUUGAGGCGUGACAUUAUAAAAGGAAAUGCAGGAGGCCUUUUCACACGUGACAUCAUGAUCAAAGAUCUAUUUUCUUAACGCUGAUAUUUUGUAAAGCUUGACGUUAUUUAAAGGCCAUUUCUCCUCGAAGAGAGGAGGAGCCGUGUUGUUGUCGAGGUGUUACAUGCCUUUUCUGUCAGUCUUGGAUUUUUUUUUUUUAUCUAGAUCCUGAAAAAUCCUGAAAUUGAAAGACUUUAAUUCCAGGAGGAGGUCGGCCUUUCAUAUAAAUAAUCAAACGUCUUUAUUUCAGUUCAUUUCUUUGCAAUUAUUUAGUCGAAUCUGGGUUCAGAUGUUCGUGAAGUUCGACCGCUUCUACCAGCGUAUUGAUCCCGAAGCGGUUCCUUCAGGCUUGUGUGUUUUUUUUCUAAGUUCAGGCUCAGUAAAGCAGCUCCGCCUCGUCUUCAAACUCAAAUCUUAAUGUCAAUACUGUGAAUUUAUCGGGCUGAGCUGCGGAGACGUUAAAAAGACACGGUUGUUCCACAAGCUGGCUUUUUUUUGUUUUGUUUUGUUUGAGCAGUGACCUUAAAAUAAUCUUAAAUAUAAAGCCCCUGGAGCUCGAGGGCUUGUCAUAUCAAACUCAUCUCAUUUCUUUUUUUAAAGCUUGUUUGCUUUCGUCCUCUUUGUCAGGCAUAAAGACUGUAAGCAAAGGGAAACGGCUAGCCUGACUGUCCACACGGGACUACCAACACCUCUGAAGCUCACUGAUUGACACUUUCUGUGUUUUUGUUUGUUCGACCUGCACACGAGCAGAAAUAAAAAAAAAAAAACUGUGUAAACGCGUCUUGUCUUCGCAGUGCCUUCACGUCUCUAAUAAAAACAUCUUCUGAUCGAA